GAAAUUUGAUAUUCGAAAAUCUUCUCUUUAUGCGUUGGCCAAACUGACUAUGUAGAAUGCUCUCUUGUCGCGAAUCGACGUUGGCAGCAGUGGGCAUACACACAAACAUUGUCCGGCAGUCGGCUUUUGAUUGACACAUAAGAAUUAGUGAGGUUAAAUUCUGUUGUAAUUCGCGUAUGAAGUUGAUUGUGUUGAUUUGUUUUGUGUAGUUUUCAAUAAGCAAAGAGGAUCUUACACUGGUGUAAAAAACUCUGCAUUUGUUGAUAAGGAUUCCUUAACAUUUCGGCUGUCAAAAAUGGCUCUUAGAACUUACGGCGACAAGCCUAUAAGUUUUCAAGUUGAGGAAAAUGGAGAGUACUAUUGCAUUGGCUCGGAGGUCGGAAACUAUCUCCGACUCUUCAGAGGCUCUCUGUACAAACGAUAUCCUGGAAUGUUCAGGAGAUCAAUCACAAAUGACGAGAGAAAAAAGCUCAUAGAAUUGGGUCUGAGCCAGCACGUACUUGCAUCCAGUGUAUCGCUUCUCAGAGCUAGCGAAGUCGAAGACAUCAUUGAAGGUAACGAUGAGAAGUACAAAGCUGUGUCUGUGCACUCUACCGAGCCACCGGCUCCAAGAGAAGGAAAGCAAAAAAAGAAUAUGUCAUGGGUACCCAGUUUGCCCAACAGUUCACACUUGGACGCAGUUCCGCAAGCUACUCCAAUCAAUAGAAAUAGGGUUCACAACAAAAAAGUUAGAACUUUUCCACUUUGUUUUGAUGAUACAGAGCCAGCUGCAAAUUUAGAAAAUGCAGGUCAAAAUGAACAUCUUGUGCCUAUCCGUUUAGAUAUGGAAAUUGAGGGACAAAAAUUGAGAGAUACUUUUACAUGGAACAAAAAUGAAACUCUCAUAACUCCAGAGCAAUUUGCAGAAGUUUUAUGCGAUGACUUGGAUUUGAAUCCAUUGACAUUUGUUCCAGCUAUUGCCCAAGCAAUUAGGCAGCAAAUAGAAGCUUAUCCACCAGAACAAGUAACAGAAGAACAGUGUGAUCAACGAGUAAUUAUAAAACUUAAUAUACAUGUUGGAAAUACAUCACUGGUUGAUCAAGUUGAAUGGGACAUGUCUGAAAAAGAUAAUAAUCCAGAAAAAUUUGCCAUGAAGCUUUGCGCAGAGUUGGGUCUUGGAGGAGAGUUUGUUACAGCUAUUGCUUACAGCAUAAGAGGUCAAUUAUCGUGGCAUCAGCGUACUUAUGCUUUCUCUGAAGCUCCGCUGCCAACUGUUGAAGUUCCAUUCAGACCACCAUCAGAAUCUGAUAUUUGGGCUCCAUUCCUUGAAACUUUGACAGAUGCGGAGAUGGAAAAGAAAAUAAGAGAUCAAGACAGAAAUACCAGACGUAUGCGGCGAUUAGCGAAUACAACUCCGGGUUGGUAGAAGCAGGGGUGAAUAGGUGCUUGUAAUGGAAAUAUUCCUUGAUAAGCCACCUCAAAUCAACUGAAAUGAUUGAAAUUGUCUUGCAUUCAUCAACUUUCAUGUCUUUUUGGGACUGCCACAAAUAUAAAGUAAAGAUGGACAAGUAUAUGUAAAUACUAUGUGCAAACAUUGAACGAUGAUCAUUCGAGUCAUCAAUUUUUUAUUGGAGUUUCUAUUGUCUAAUUAAGUAAAAAUUCAUUUUGAGAUGUAUUUUUCAAUUCGAUAAACGUGUAAUUUUUCUAUAAUGACAAAGUCUUGAAAAUUAGUUAUUAUGUCCAAGAGUUUUUUGUAUUAAAUAUGUUAUUGCAAUAGCUUAAAAAAACUGUCUAUGGCAAACAAUAUUGCUCAAUUAAUGGAUAAGCGUUGGACAUUCGAAUAAUGUAAUGUAACGGUAGCAACAGAUGAAACGAGUAACAUUAUAAUCUUGAAUCUAUUAGUGUAAUUACAACUAUACAAUAAUCAUUGGGACGAUUAAUACGAGCAUCUUUCGAUGCCUGUUAAGAGAAAAAAAAGAAUAUUGAUGUAUUAGAAGUUUCGAGGUGAACAGCCUGCGAAAAAUAAUAAUGCUAAAAUGUCUAGUUGCACAAAAACUUUGACUCAAUUGUCGAUUGCAUAAGUUUUUGUAUGUUAAACACGUGCGGCGCGCGCUCGAGCGCACGUCGCGACUUUAU